AUAUAUGAUUGUAUACAUCAUUGUUGUGAUUGAAUUACAUUGAAUUGCAUUGUCUUUGAUUGUGUGAUAAAUCAUAUUAUUUUAAAUAAAACAAGUGGUCAGUAAUGUCGGCCUCGGAUUCGGGCAAUGAGUGUCGCGAUGACGACAGUGGCGGUAUGUUUGGUGGGUGUGAGGGUCCGGAUGCCAUGUAUGUCAAACUGAUUUCAUCUGAUUCUCAUGAGUUCAUUAUUAAGAGAGAACACGCACUCACUUCGGGCACCAUUAAGGCCAUGCUUUCGGGACCCGGUCAAUUCGCCGAAAACGAGACAAAUGAAGUUCAUUUCAGAGAAAUCCCGUCUCAUGUCUUGCAAAAGGUCUGUCAAUACUUCACAUACAAAGUCCGAUACACUAACAGUUCGACUGAAAUACCGGAGUUCCCGAUCGCACCCGAAAUUGCAUUGGAGUUACUAAUGGCCGCAAACUUCCUCGACUGUUAGGACUAAUUAUUAUUAUUUAACGUUUUGGUUUAUAUCACUUAAAACUUUCAAUUG